AUGGAUAUAAACCCAGAUGUAAAAGAUCAUCAGACUAAUUUAAAGAAGAAUGAGACAAUUGAUAUGAGCGUAACAAUUGGAUUACACCGAAAUAGAUAUUCAAAAGAUUGGUGCAGACGUGAAAAAAUACCUAACGUUCGUCACGGAGCCAUUUUGCAUUUGAUUAUAGUAGGUGCAAAUCUCAAGUGCGAACCUGUGAUGAUCAAAACCGUAGUUCGUAACGGAUCUCGAGUGAUGGGAGGGGGUUACAAGAGACUUGCAGAUGGUGAAUUGGAUAUUUAUAUGGAACCUGUCUACGAUCGUUUAAUAUUUCAAAACAUAAGCUUCCUGUAUCCUCACGAGAAAGCCGAUGUGUGUUUGUCUGUCCGUAGGAGUCCUCUAGUUCAUCGUAGCGUAUUGUUAUCUAUGUCUCAAUACAUCUGGUUGUCCACGGCCGUGUGCGUGGGGAUAUUCGUUGCUGGGGCUAGGAUUGGAAUUAACCUAAGUGUGGGCCUCGCUGUUUUACAUGUGGUGCGUGCACUUAUUACUGGAGCAUUCGAACCCAGGCUGCGUUGUCUGAUGGUGUGGAUGUCUCUGCUAAGCUUCUUUUUAUGGAACUCCAUUGGUGGAUCGUUCACAGACGUGAACGCCCGUGUUCAAAUCGUACACGUCCCGAAGUGGUUUAAAUCUCAAAUCGAACACGUCUCCGGCUUCGGCGGCACGUUGGCGCUGCUGAUGGGGAAGUUGACAACUCAAACUCUUCCUACGGAUUUCGAUUCCUGGGCCGGGAGGGCACUCCUGGCUCCUGCGUUCUCCCUGACCUUGUCCGAGAGGCAGCUGUGCGCCGCCAUGGGGCGCUGCGUAGUGUUCCAUCGCGUCCGACAGUGCGUGUUGUCCCCAACGUACAUGUCGUUCGCCAUCAGAAGGGAGUGGCCACUCGCGGACAGGUUUAGCAACUGGCUGCAGAGGGUCGUGGAAGCGGGACUGGCCGACAAAGCCGUCGAUGCGGAGAUGCGGUAUGGACUCCGAAGUGCUUACUUUCAGUGCCGAACCGGAAACGCACAGGAGGUUCCAGAGGCCGCGCGCAUUUUGAAGUUGGCGGAUGUUUGUGAGACAUUUUGGCUCUGGACGGUUGGGACGUGUGUGGCCGUGGUCGCGUUUUGCGGAGAGAAAUGGCGAUGUGUUUUGCGUUGUUCGAGGACUUCGAGUGGAAGUGAAGGACGGAGUUCGGCUAAGUCCUCUUUUUGCGUUUUCCAGAAAUCGCGGAAAAAGUUUCUUUCUUUGUAG